UACCAUACGGGCCAAUGGCGUUGGUUCAUUGGUUGUUUGUGUGAGCAAACCCACAGCGCUUUACUCCAUGGAAAAAAUUAAGGCGUUGUCGGCUGUCUGCGCGUUAUUCACGACACACUACUACGCUAGUACACUACACAGUGCACAGUCUCGUUUACUUGUUUGUCGUUUCAUAACUGAUGAAUUGUCCGUGUUUAAUUUUUGUUUGAGUACAGUUAUAAAAUUUUGUUUACUUCACGAGGACUAAAUAUUUAAUACUUUCAACAUACCUACUGGACUGAUCAGUUAUCAGCCGGUUAAUACAAAGUAUCUGUAUACUGUACUAGAGACUCUCUUGCAUUGUAGGCUCUCUAUUUCUCUAGUAGCGUAGUGCGAGUUUCCUGCGGCUUGUGUUGUACGUUAUUGCGUUCUCGUCUGCCGUUUACUACUACCACUAUACUUCUAAGCAGAUAUAUCUUUUAAGUGUUGUCGGUUAUCUGAACAAAUCAUAAUAGAUUCAGGCUAAUGGCAAUAAUUUUUAUUACAUUUUAUUACAAAAUGUAUUGUUUAUUGAAGUAGUCCAUUAUCAAAAUUCUGGUCAUACGCUUGUGUGGAUCACUUGUUGUGUUUAUUUGAAAAUUCACACGUGUUUGAACUAUGGAUACAUUACCAUCUAACAUAGUUUAUUCAAAACUAUCAAAAUGUGAAGCACCAAUAUCUGUCAUUACAAAAAUCUUGUCAGAAAACGAUCCUAUAAAAUUUGAAAAUAUCUCCAACCAGUUUAAAGCAUUAGGAUUUACAAAAGUAAAAGAUUUGGCAACAAUGACCUUAAAAAGAGCUAGCUCAAUAAAAUUGAGUGGUAAUUCUUCAACAUUGCUUUAUAGAGCUUUAGAGAUGUAUGAUAAACACCUUGAUGAUCUUCAAACAUCUGCAAAAUUAGAAAAUCAAUUUGGAAAUUUUAUCAGAACUCAACAAAUAUGUAAAGAAUUACUUAACCUUACACCUUUUGAUGUAAAUGUUAUAAAUCUAUUGGCUGAAUCAUAUUUUAAAUGCGGGAACUAUGAAAAAUCUCGUAGUUACUUGAUAAUAGCAAACAUUUUGGAUCCAAAUUCUUUCCAAAUAUUGCUUAACCUUGCAUGUAAUUAUUGGAAACAAUCUAGGUAUGAUUACGCAAAAUUUUUCAUACUUGAAGCUAUAAAGAAGUCAACCAGUUUUAAUAUUUGUUGGAUUUAUUAUGCUGAAAUAUUAGUUAAAACAAAUGAUAUAGCAAUGGCUGAAUUUGUUUAUAACCAGAUUUUAAGAUUACAACCGGAUUCAUAUACUGUACGAAACAAUUAUGGAAAAUUCCUUCUCUCACAAAACAAAGUAGAAAAUGCUAAAAAGCAAUUUAAAAUUGCCCAAAAAAGUGCCAAUAAUUGUGAAGCUUUGAGUAAUUUAGGAGAUGUAUAUUAUACGACUAAGAAAUAUGACAAAGCUAUUUUAAAUUAUCAUAAAGCUUUAGAAAUAAAUCCUAAUUUGGAAAUAACUUUGUUUAAUUUGGGAAUGGUUUAUUUACAAAUAACUGAGUACCAAAAAGCAGUUGAGGCAUUUGAAAAAACUAUGAAAUUGGAUUCAGAAAAUGCUGCAGCUUUAAGAUAUUUAGCAAUUGCAUAUUGUUAUUUAGAUAACAUGUUAAAGUCUGUAGAAACCUACAAAAGAUGUUUGGAAUUAUUACCUGAUGAUUUGGAAGCUAAUUUAGAAUUGGGUCUUAUCUAUUAUCACAACCUAAACAAUUUGCAUGAAGCAGAAAAUUAUUUUAAGAAAUGUAUACAAUUGUGUCCAGAAAGAGAAGAUUUGUACAAGAAUCUUCUCGGAGUUUAUCAAUAUUUAAAUAAACGUGGAGAUGCAUCAAAUGUUUUCGUGUCAUUAGGUGAUUUAUUUUUGAAAAAAUCUGAUCUAGAAAACGCAAGAAAUGCAUUUACAUCUGCUUUGUUUUUAAAUCCUAUAAAUGAUGUUGGUCAUUGGAAACUCGGAGUUACUUUGCAGAAACUGGGUCAUUAUGAUUUGGCUAUAAUUAGGUAUAAGAAAGCUGAUGAAUUGUCACAAAGCUUAGGCCAUCGUUCAUGUUAUUCUGGAGUUAAGAACAAAUGAUAACACUUAUAACACGUUCAGUUUAUCUUGGCCAAUGUAUUAUAGGCCUAUAAUCAACAACGACAAUAAAAAUACAUUUUUUGGCUUUUCUUGCAUUUUGUCUUAUAAUAAUUUUCAUUUAUUAAUACUUUUUUAAAACUUAAUAGUGUAAUUUAUGUAGUUUUACAUAUUUACUAAAAAUACACAUGACAUUAUAUUA